GUGGCAGGAUUAGGAGACACGGAAUUUGUCUUUCCCGAUGAAUUGCCGAAUUUUAAUCUUGAUAUUUUCCAUGGAAGAGAAGAAACAAAAGAAAGAGGAAGAUUUCGCACUUUCACUGAAAGUGACGUUGAAAAUUUAAUUGCAGGAGAAGAGAAUGCGAACACCAAAAAAAACGCUUUCUUUUUUUUUUUCCUGGUGGGUUCUUAGACCCACUACGACUUGAAAAUAGUCAAGGCCUUCUUAAUGGAAGAACGCAACGAGACCAGAGAAACCGAGGAAACACCGUCAAAUGAACUCGAUGGCAACCUGAGUCAGUUUGUUUUGGCUGCAAGAACCAAGCCAAGAAAAGAAUGCAAGCCAUCAUCUCUUCGCGGGAUUUUGUCUAGUCACGGACGCCGUUUGAGUCGCGCCAAUUAUGGCCAAUGCAUCCGACUGAGAGCCACAACAGCUCUUACUGAUGAAGAGACUGACAUCUUAUUUGACAAGCAGUUGCUUGGAGUAAGAAGUUCACCGCACUAA